GCUAUCGCAGUCGCAGGAGGCUUGCCUGGCUGGUCAACGUAUGUACAUAUGUUACGUACUGCACGCGCGUGCAGUAAACAGCUGCGAGUCAGCCGAUCCUGAUCCCUAGCCGGAGGUGGGAGGUCACCGUCACCGCGCCUCGCCGCCGGGGCGUCACAAUGGCCUACCGCCGGAAGCCUCAGCCCCAUCCCCAGCCCCAGCCCACGCCCUCGUUGGAGCACCACUACCCGUCGUCCGUGGGCCCCGCCUCACCCGACUCCCUCGCCGCGCAGGCCAUGCGCGCCUCCGCCGCACACCGCGAUGCCUCCUCCCUCACCUCCGCCUACUCCGCCUCAGCCUCGCUGGCGGCCUCUCGCCGGAGCCACCACGAGCCCUCCGUGUCCACACCGUCCCUGGAUAGUUCAGGCUAUGAAUACACGUCCAUGAAGAACCUCAACGAGGCCAAGUAUGGAUUCUGGGGCACACUUGCGCGGAAGGCAAAGUCAUUUCUUGACGAGGACUGCUCCCCGGAGCAGUACAAAUCGCCAAGAGAUGAUGUGCAUGUUGGUGUCCAGCUUCCACAUUCAAAACAAUUGCCAGGAGAGACGUGGAAACCUGAGACACCUCCAUCUCAGAAGAGAUCUGAGUCUAUAACUUCCUCCCUUACCUAUAUUGGAGGCACAAUAAAAAAUGCACUUGAAGAAGGUCGGACCAUUGUAGAGAAUAAAACGGCUGACAUUAUUCAGGAGACGCGUAAACUGAACAUAAGAAGAAAAGGAGCUGGUCUAAAUACACAAGGAGAAGCUGGCCACAAAAUUGCUCAAAGACACCUUCCUCAAAAUCCACUUGACCAUGAAACUCAGUUGAAGGCAUCUCGCGACGUUGCAAAUGCCAUGGCUGCAAAAGCAAAGUUGCUAUUGCGGGAGCUGAAAACUGUGAAGGCAGAUUUAGCUUUUGCAAAGGAACGAUGUGCUCAGCUUGAAGAAGAGAAUAAAAUGUUGCGUGAGAGUUAUGACAAGGGUGAUAAUCCAGAAGAUGAUGAUCUGAUCCGCCUCCAGUUGGAAACACUACUAGCUGAGAAAGCACGGCUUGCGCAUGAGAACUCAGUAUAUGCACGAGAAAACAGAUUCCUGCGGGAAAUAGUUGAGUAUCACCAGCUCACUAUGCAGGAUGUCAUAUAUGUAGACGAAGGCAUCGAAGAGGUCACCGAGGUGUACCCUACACAAGUACUACCUCGCACUGGGUCGAGCGUCAGUCGUGCAGCCACUGCAGCUACACCGAAAUCUGCUCCGACGUCAACAUAAUCUUGCCCUGUCGUACAAGCUUCUACAAAUACACUUUUUCGCGGUCAUCUCUGAGCAAUAGAUCAAAGCGCCCACCUCCAACCUUCACGGAAGAGUAAGGUGGUUGUUUGGUUGUGACGGGACCACAUAGUUUAUGCUGCUACUGUUCAAUGUAAACAAGGAUUCACUGUUGUUAUGCCUGUUUGUUGUCGUGACUGAGCUGUGGCGAAAUAUGAAUGAACAGUAGCUUCUGACUUUCUAUAUAUAUUGUCUCUUAACCGCAUUUAUGGUCAGGGACUCAUGGUUAUAUUAUAUAGUCUCUU